AUGGGAAAGCCGACUCAAGCCAAGUACCGCAGCCCGUAUGCGCCAAAUUGCAAUGCCAUUUCUAGAGGCUGUGUCUGUGCCGGAUUGAGCCUACCACCUUACACCCUGCAGGAGCUGAUCGGAAAGGGGCUCAUUCGGGAGAGUCUACAAAGCAGCCGGCUCGACUUCCACCAACGGGAACAAGCUGGUAGCGAUCAAAAUCAUCAACAUCCACCGCGCAGAUCUGAACAUGAGCCAGCAUCACUCCGAUGGGACCUUUGGCGCAAAGUGCAGCGGUGCGAUUUUGGAGUUGCGGGCUUGGUCAAGGAGCGAGCUGACAAGAGGAAGACAGUGACUGGGACGCUUCGGUGGAUGGCACCUGAGCUGUUUGACAAGACGGUGGAGUAUGGCAAAGUCCACAGAGGCACAGGUACAUCCUUGGGACUGAAACAGCCAGCCCUACCAGUGUUCUGUCGGGUCUUGUCGCGAGCUUCGAAGAGUGAGAGGCCCAGGGAGGAGACCGAAAGUCGCUGCUUUCCUCUGCCGGUGCAGAAGCCUUUCUUGGCUGUCUAG